AACUUUCUUCUUGUGUGGUAGUAAUAGCAAAGCGCAACAAUUGAAACCCAAAAAAACACGGCGUUUUCAACGGUCACUUUUACCAUCUCAAACCAAACAUUUGUGUGUGGUCAAAGGAAGGAACACCAACGAACAUGGCCGAAACCGAAACAUCCUCAUCCAACAACAACGAUAAUAAAAACAAUAUUCCAAUUGAAUUUGUCACCGACGAAGAAAUGGCUUUCAUAGAAGCAGCUUAUGCUUCUGUUACUUCUUCUUCUUCUUCGAUUUUCGCUCGUUCUCUUUCUUCUUGCUGUACUUCUUCAACACCUUCUUCUUCUCCUCGUCUUCACAACAAUUCACUCUCCAUCAACUCAAUCACUCUUCUUUCCAAACGAAAGCUUUCUUCUCCUUCUUCAUGUGCUGGUGACAUCGAAGACACUCUCAGAUUCGUUAAUUCUCGGAACAAACCCUCCAUUUCAGAUUCAUUUCUUCGUCGUUUCAGGAAGAAACGAGCCUUGUCCGUCACAGAUCUUACAUCCACGGAAUGGUGCCCGAAACAAAUGGAGUUUUCGCUCCUUCUUGGAGGGAAAAAGGUUAAUCAAUUUAUGAAAGCUGGCAUUGCUCGACAUGCGAAACUCGAAGCUGAGGUUAUAACACGCGUGGAAGUGAAGAUUCGGUCGCAAGAAGAUCGAUGGGCCUUGAAGCUUCUUAAUUUUAUUACCGGUGUGAAUCAGUUAUUGUUUGAAGGAUUAACUCGAGAAUUGCCUAUAAUAGGCUUUGCAGACGAUGUAUGGAUGAUAGGAGUGAUUGACGAAGUUCGGAUGCCGUUAACAGAAAAUGAUCAUAAUCCAAUAUUAAUAGACACAAAGACUCGUGCUCGAGAUACACUUCCUGCUGAACCACAGCGACGAAAUGGAAGGCUUCAACUGAUGUGUUACAAGUAUAUGUGGGACAAUUUAGUUGCUGAUAACUUUCCUUCUAAAAGCUUUUUUACUUAUUUUGGCUUAAACCCUCAGAGUAUUCUAUGCGAAGAUCUCAAAGUGCUAAGUGCUGAUUCUGGAUUUUCGGCUUUGACGCUUGAUGAUGUGGUGAGAUAUUACAGAAAUACAUAUACGAUGUUAUCUCCGGCUAACGAUCAGCUUUUAUUGAGAUACGAGUAUCAGAAAGAUCAUUCAUUGCUUUGUGAAGAUAAAUUUGUGUAUGACUCGGAGUGGCUAAAGGAGCAAAUUCAUUCAUGUCUUGAGUUUUGGCUUGGAGAGCGAGAAGCUACAUACGUUCACGAGGACGAGCGAUGGAAAUGUCGAUUCUGUCAAUACGCCCCUGUCUGCCCUGCAAAUACUGAUAGUAGGGGAAUGAGUGGCAAUACAAGCAAUGAUUCAAAACCCAAAGAAGACUAAAUAUCUAUCUAAAUGCUGAUUUUCGGAAGAUACUUUUAGCUUCUUCAAUAACGGUUGAAAGGAAGAAAAAACGAGAUAUUUCAACCAGAUUGUUUAUCUGUUCUAAUAAAAGUCUUCUUCCCCUGACGAUACGUGGUGAAAUUUCACAUCUCUUUUCUCGCCGAUUUUUCCAAAUCAGAAAAGAACUUGAUGGUUAUUAUAACUUAUAGGCCUCUGGUAGGUUUAUUGUAAGCAUUGUUUUAUUCAUUUAUGGAAUGUAUUGUUGUUGUAGCCGUGUGUUAAGUAAAAAGAAAUGUUCCAUAUUCAUGUAUAUAGUUAUAGUUUGUUUUUGGGAUAAAAGUGUAAAAUUUGUAUUAAUACUUUCAAAGGCAUCAUUUGAGAUGGUUGUGAUGAGUAGCACUUUGAUGGAUAA